AUGAAGAGAGGAAGUUUGAUAGUUUUGAUGUUGGCUUUGUGGGCGAGCCUGGUCGGCGGCGGCAAUGGGCAAAGCGCAAGCAAUGUGUUGGCAACCUAUAAUUUGUAUAAUCCUCAAACCAUAAACUGGAAUUAUUUAACAGCCAGCGUCUACUGUGCAACUUGGGAUGCUAAUAAGCCCUUGAAUUGGCGCAGCCACUACGGUUGGACUGCCUUCUGCGGCCCCGCCGGCCCUACCGGCCGAGAUUCUUGUGGCUGCUGCCUUAGGGUAAGAAACACAGAAACAGGAGAUGAAGAAACAGUGAGAAUUGUGGAUCAAUGCAGCAAUGGUGGCUUAGAUUUGGACUAUGGUGUGUUUCAAAAAUUGGAUACUAAUGGAAAUGGCUUUGCUCAUGGCCAUCUUCUAGUUGAUUAUCACUUUGUUAAUUGCUAA